UACAGAUGAGAGAGUAGAAUUUAGAAUUUGGAACAACAGUGCUUACUGGUCUUUACAGUUAAAACAAAAGAGAGUGGUCCAUAUUUAUUUACUUUCCCUCAGAGUCUUGAGUUGAAUUGGUAUUAUAUUGAUCGAUUUAUGUGAAAAAUAAUUAAGACCUGUUUGUGUGGAGGUGAUGACCGAAACUGUAGUAAGUACCAGGGGACAACAUUGAGACCUUGAGGAACACCCACCUUCAGGAACUAAAAAGAAAAUGAGAAGUCAUAAAAGCCUAAUGCCUGCCAGAUCCUUUCUAGACAGAAAUAAGAAGGACAUUGCAGGUGAAGGAAAGAACAUGAGCAAAGACAGAAAGAAGAAGAAUAGGGAUAAAUUACCCCGAAAAGGGAUAGUUACUACCUCCAGUCCAGAAAUUCCAGCUCCUAAGGAGGAUGUGCUUCCUGCCAACAUAAGCAACAUGAGCAACUUUGCCAAGAGUAAUACUGAACUGUACCAUCGCUACAAAGAACUGGCCCCCAAGUUGCUGGAUGAGAUCUCAAAGCUUCUGAUCACCUGCCGGAGCUUAGGCAUUGUCAUGCCCAGGGGCAUAAAAAACAUCUUUGAGUUCACAUGGGAGGAACUCAUCAUGGAACCACCCAGCCCAACAUCAUCCAAGAUCGCUGGCCUUGACGUCUUGUUUGGAUCAACCUCUCCAAACAUGGAUUUAUCUCUUUCUCCUGGGCUGUCCAGGAAGCCCAUGGCCAAGAAUUCACCAUACCCAUCUCCAUCCUAUAUCCAACCCAUAUCCAACAGCCAGCAGACACUCCAUAAAUUCCAAAAGAAAUCAAUUUACUUACUGUCAGAACUCCUUGCCCUUAAGCUGAAGAUGAUGAUAGAGUCAUCAUCAGUAUCAAGCCACAUGGAUCUUUCAAGGCACCUUACUGAGUCAAACCAGCUCCUGCGUUUCAAGGCCAAGGAGAUGAUUUUAGAGUCUAUGCUGGACACAGUUGGACUGGGGAAAGGAGGAGGAGGAAACCCACUCCAAGUCUAUACAGCCAUAGGUGUAAACUGUCCUUACCAGCUCACCUAUCAGUCUUCUAAUGCCUGUUUGAGUUUUUCACUCUCUGGAGCAAAAGAAAAAAGAGAAACCCCAAGUAAAAAUAAGAUAAUUACUGCUGAAGAGUCCAAUGGAAAAAUUUUGGGGAGCAGUGCUCCCAGUGAACUCUUUAUCCCCAAUGACCCCUGCAUUCAAGCCCGAGAAAAACUACAGGCAAUGUGUCGAAUGAUAGAAGCUGAAAGGAACUCUUGGAAAGGGAGGAGAUAUUCUUUCCCUAUCGUUUUACAUAACUACAUUGAUAAAAGGUCUAAUUUUCACCCAUCAAGCCCAUUUAAAAAGGACUCGAAGACUGCCUUAAAUGCUACGGAGCGCGCUCCCUAUCCUAUCGGCCAUCAUUCUCAGUCACUGGAGACCAAGUGGAAAAGGGCCUUCAGAUUUCAUUAUUCCUUCUAUGAUGGAACCACCUUUGUUUUCUAUCCUUCAGGACAUGUUGCUGUGAGUCAAAUCCCUACAUGCUGCAAGGGAAGAUAUACAACCUGCAUUUUCAAUGAUACAUCAAACUUCCCCAUAAUAGGUCUGUUUACUGCUGAAGGUCAUGGAAGUGUGAACUAUAACCUCAAAAACCGCUGUCCGUGUAUGUUUAUGAUGAAUCAUGAGGGAGGGUCCAUAAAGGACUCCUCAGGGCAUACAGUUCACAAAUGGAAUUGGACCUCCAAGAAGCGCACCUUGUUAUCAUUAGAGUAUAAGAUGAAUGAACAAAUUAAAUUGAGGGUAUUCGGCCAAGACUGCAUAACCCUCACCUUCAGUGACCUGAAUGAGUCUGUAUCUCUAGUCAUUUCACCCACGGAUUGUCCUCAUGGGGUACCCCGUGAGAAGCGGUAUUCUUUUAGAAGCUCAACUGAAGAGAGAACAUCCAAGAUGAUCCGAGCACUGGUUGAGAUUAAGAAGAGAUUUCAGAAGACAGUAACUCAAUUUAUGAAUUCUGUUUUACUGUUAGCAGGCCUCCUCACAAUAGACUAUCCACUGAAGGAUGAAAUAGAACUUGGCCGUUUCAGGAAGAAGUCACCAUCCCAUAUACAGUGGAUUCAGAAGUCAGCAUCGGAAUCACUUUCCCACACUCAUUCAACGGUCCACACCUCUUCGGCAGAUUCUUUCCGAGAUGACUCUUCAUCAGGAAUCCUGAGCACUCUUCAAAGGAAAUCCAUCAGAUCCCUGUCCAGAGGCCCAGUCAGGUCCAAAUCUGCCACCAUGGCAGAGCUCCGUCCUUCUAAUGCUUGGGCUAUUGCUCUUGCCGACUGUCCCCUGAUGCUCCGGAAGUUCUUGCUCAAGGAAGACACUAGUCUUGGCUGCAGAUGUCUGGUGAAAAUUCCAAUAGUCUCAGAUUUGGAGUUUGAGCAGUUCAUCUCAGCUCCCAGGAGCCCCGACCAAAUCCUGGUGGUUGGUGUGAUGACCUCCCAGAAUCCUACCAAAGCGAGCCAUUUGGAGUGGACCCUGGAUAGGCUCUAUUUACACAAUCAGUACGGCCGGCCCUCCCCUUGCAUUCAGUGUCGGCAUGACCCUUACCGCCUGCUACGCUAUGAUAUCAAUGGUAUCCUACGGAAGGAUCCGCCAUUGUUGGUGCAGAAAUACGCAGUCAUGCCUGGAAUGAUUCUGAUGUUUUCUGGGGGCAAGCUCCUCUUUGGAGGCUCCGUCUUCAACGGCUAUGGUUCCUGCAGCAAGAAGAAUCUACUAAAGCAGAUUUUCUGGGCCCACCAACACAGCAAGAUGGGCUACUUCCUGCCUGAAAACUUCAAAUUUAGUACCCUCUCCCCCUUUUUUCAGAGCUCUGAAGGUCAUAAGAAUCAAGAAGAGAAACAACAACAAGAAACAGUAAAAGAAAUAAUUACUGAGGAAAGGUCAUUUGCGACUGAAGAGAUCAUAGAGGAGGAUUUCAGGAAAAAAUUUGUGACCUCACCAUCACCAAUAUCAGGCAAACCCAUGCUGCUAGAGACCCUUAUCGAAUCAGGACCACCAACGCUGUUGGAGUUAAAGAUCCGCAAAAAGUCUAUAUCAUCUCGAAAGAGAGAAAAAAAGUCAAGGAAAUGAUGCCAUCUCCCUCAGGAAGCUAUUCUCCUAAGGAUACCAGUGCUGGCUGGUCAAAGGACAUGUGGUCCAUGAACAAUUUUUAUUGUUUUUAUUGUUUGAUUUUUUUGCUUCUCCUUCCAUCUUCCUCUCCAAGGGCUUGUUUGAGACAGUUGUGAAUAAUAAACAUGAACUUCUGGAAGCCCAACAGGAAGUCCCAGGAAAGGUCUGACCAAACUGGUUUCCCUCUCCUCUCUCAGUGUUGGCAUUCCUUGGAAGCACUGAUGACUAAAACCCCAGAGACAAGAGUACCGCGAAAGUGAGGUCCUUAAGAACUAGCUGCCUCCCAGAUGACUAGUGACUCCAAAGAAAUAAAUGGUCCAUUCUCUGACUGGAAA